GUUCAAAGAAAAGGAAAGAGAAGUGCAGCAUGCAGAAGUGUUUGCCUUAGUGACUGUGCACAGCUGUCUACCAUGGGAAAUAUAUUGCGACUAACCAAAAGUGGAACCUGAGCUGCUGACGCCCACCAUGAAAUUGUCACACAGCAGCUUAUCUUCAGAGCCUUCAUCACAGAGCGAAACCUUUGGUUGAUCAAAAUGCUUCAACCGGAAAAUCAGUACACUAAGCUGCGAUGGCUUUUAACAGUUCUUGGACUGUUAUUGUAUGUGGUGGACAUUUGGACAGAUGUUGGACUGGCACUGAGAUAUUUUCAGGGGAAACAAUUUGUGUGGACUGGCCUGACUCUUGUGUUUGUUCUGGCUGGGCUGCUGGUGACGCAGAUCUUCAGCUAUGCCUGGUACAGGGACGACAUGAAUGAUGAGGGAAAACCAACCAUAUCAGGCAUGUCAAAGGGUGGACUUGCUGUCCUGCACCUGUUUGGCAUGGGCGUCUUCACCAGGUAUUAUCACCUGCUGAAAAAAGGCUUUAAAGUUGUAUGGAUCCCAACAAAUUCCUAUGCAAUGGAGGAGAAGAUAGAUGUGCACCACAAUCUGUUUUGCCUGGCUACGGAUCUGAGCAUGCUCAAACUGUUUGAGGCUUUCCUGGAGAGUGUUCCCCAGCUCCUUCUGCAGCUAUACAUAGUGCUAGGCCUAAAUGAGAGCUGCUCUGUGCUGCAGUAUUUAUCCAUGGCGUUCUCCUUCUUUAACAUUGCCUGGGCCCUGGUGGACUAUCGCCGCUGCCUGCGUAGAUCCCUCCCCCAUGUAAAGGAGAUGCCCUCUGGCCUCCCCACAGCAGUCUACCUCCUCUACAAACUCUGCACCAUCACCAGCCACAUCCUCAGCUACACUCUCCUGCUCAUAUUGAGCCCCUACAGCAUAAUAGGCCUCACCGUCCUCUGGCUGCUGGGGACAAUCUGGACACAUGUGCUUAAAACAGACUUCUGCUCAUCAAGAAAGUUUGAGUUUCUGUACCGAGCAGUUGUUGGAGUCAUCCUCACAUUCACCUUUUUCAACGUGAAAGGAAAGGACAUCAGAUUAGCCAUGAUUAUCUACUACUUUUUCUAUGUUGUCAUAAACAUUGUGGCUCCUUCACUGCUGGCUUUAAUAAAACCAGAGUUGCAGACAGCUGCGUAUUUGCUGCCAGUCAGUGGUUUGAUCUUUGGAGGUUCAGUGCUGGGGCUGGUGUGUCUCGUGCUGUACUACCACCAGCUGCAUCCCAAAGAGAAGUGGCAGGAGCCAGACGAGGUGGAUGGCCUGGGGAAGGAAACACACACCACAAUGAGAAUAAGGAACUUUUUGCAACCUUGAUGAUCUAUUUACAAGCUGAGAUAAGGCUGUGAUCCUAAAACUACUGAACAAUUUGACAAAAAAAGCAACAUAGAGUCUUUACAGAGAGAUGUCACCUUGAUAUUGUGCUCACUUUUUAUUAUGCACUAAUGCUGCUAUCAGAUAUUUACCAUAUUCUGAAGAAACAUUGCUUUUUCAUUACUGACACAUAAGAGAGCAAUGAAAUGCAACAUAGCUGAGUGUAUAAAUGACAUUUUAUUUAUUCUUGUUUUAAUAAACUUG